UGACUACCCACCUCAUUUACUCCUCUACAUUCCCUCAUUAAAACUCCUCUCCUCUCAACCUCUUCCUCUCUUUUAUUACAUUUGCACCACAUUUCAAGUUUCAACCAUCAAAUUCUGAGCAUUAAUUCCUCAUCACUCUUCUUUUCUCUUCAUCAAACCAAAUGGAGUCUCCUUCAAGAGCUCUUACUCUCACUCCACCACCCCAUUCUCUCUCUUCCGCCACCUUCUUACGCCGCCGCAGUAGUAGCGACUCAACCAACUCACCCGAAUUCGAGUUCUCGAAAAUCAAUCACAACCCACAAACCACUCUUCAUUCUGCUGAUGAGCUCUUCUCUGAUGGUUUCCUCCUCCCUCUUCACCACCUUCAACUCCACCGCUCUGAACCGGACCUUCAACUUGAACCGGAUACCGGUCCAUCUGAACCGGACCCCACUUUUUAUGAACCGGACUCUGAACCGUCUGCCUUGAUCACUUCCAACAACCCCAUUCUCAGCGCCUCCAAGCGAUGGAGAGAGAUUUUCAAGCGAGCUGAGAAAAAACCGGGAAAUAACUCGGAAGAUAAACCGGAUAAUAAGCUCGAGAAGAAAAGAGGUAAAGAAAGGAAAAACAAUGGUAAUAGUAAUACAAAUAGUUCGGCCGAGCUAAAUAUUAAUAUCUGGCCGUUUUCAAGGAGCCGGUCCGCGGGUAAUAAUUCAGCGCGGUCUAAACCGGCGGUUCAAUCAAACCGGAAAGUAAGCAGUGCGCCUUGCUCGAGAAGUAACUCUUCUGGUGAGUCCAAAUCUCGGAAGUCUUGGCCUAGUAGUCCGGGUCGAACCGGGGUUUACUUGGGUCGGACUAGCCCAGUCUGGCAAGUUAGGAAACCCGGUUCAUUGAACCGGGCGGCCAAUGGUGGCGGUUCAGUUAAAGGCCGGGUUUUGAAGUUAAAUGUUCCGGUUUGUAUGGGAUAUCGACAGAGUUUGAGUUGUCGAAGCGACGAAAGCGGCGGCAGCGUUGACGGCGGCGGAAAUGGGAUUAGUGGUGGUGGUGGUGAUAGUGGCAGUAAUGGUAAUUUGUUUAGUUUACGUGGGUUGUUUAGUAAGAAAAAUACUGUUUUAACGGUUUAACUUCCAUUUUAACUGUCUCAAUUUUUUUCUUUUUUUACUUACAUAUAGUAUAGACUAUAGAGGAAGGGGAGUACAGUUUAUUGGAUAAAGGAUUUUUUUCCCCUCCUUUUUGUUUUGUAAAUAUUCUACUAGUUAUAAUAUGGUUGAGUAUAGAAGCAAAAUUAUGUAAGACUUUGCACCAAAAAAAUUUACCAUGUGAAACUUACGACUAUUAGUAUGAUUACUGGAUGAAGUACUAAUUAAUGGAAAAUAUGAAUUAUUUCUUUUUAUAGUA